AUGGACAGCCACCCCAACACGAAGAGCCUGAACAGCCAAUAUAUGGUCCUAUAUAACAUUGGCCACCGUGCAUUUGGCUCUGUGCAACUGGCCUACCAUCGCCUCACAGGCAUCCCGGUGGCAGUAAAAGUGAUAGAAAACCUUGAGGAGGACCUCCGGUUCAUCGUAUCUGAGAUGAUGGCCCUUGAAAAACUGCACCACCCCAAUAUCAUUCACCUCUUCCAAGGUACUGGUAACACCAGAGCUAAUCUGCUUCAUCACGGAGUAUGCCAAGGGAGAAGACUUGUUCCAAAGAGUGACAGAGGAGGGCAGGCUGCAGGAGGAGAGACACAGAAAAUAUUCAGGCAGAUCCUGUCAGCCAUCAAGUAUUGCCAUGACCUUGACAUAGUCCAUCGAGAGCUGAAGCCCGAAAAUAUCCUCUUAGACGAAGAGGGAAUCUUGAAGCUGGCAGACUUUGGUCUCACCACCAAGUAUAGAGCAGGAACUCAACUGCAAAGGCAAUGUGGGACCAAGACAUUCAAUGCCCCAGAACAGAUACUGGGAUUGGGCUAUGAUGGGAAGAAGACGGAUGUGUGGAUUCUGGGUGGGUUGCUCUACUUUAUCAGUACCGGGAACCACCCCUUCCAAGGAGACACCAUGGAAGAGAUCCAGAGAAAGAUCGACACAGGCACCUAUGACAUUCCAGCUCACAGUGAGGACCGGGAGGAUGGGGAUGGGGAGGACCAGGUGAGGAUGCUGAAUGAGGACCAGGUGAGGAUGCUGAAUGAGGACCAGGUGAGGAUGCUGAAGGAGGACCAGGUGAGGAUGCUGAAUGAGGACCAGGUGAGGAUGCUGAAGGAGGACCAGGUGAGGAUGCUGAAGGAGGACCAGGUGAGGAUGCUGAAGGAGGACCAGGUAAGGAUGCUGAAGGAGGACCAGGUGAGGAUGCUGAAUGAGGACCAGGUGAGGAUGCUGAAGGAGGACCAGGUGAGGAUGCUGAAGGAGGACCAGGUGAGGAUGCUGAAUGAGGACCAGGUGAGGAUGCUGAAGGAGGACCAGGUGAGGAUGCUGAAGGAGGACCAGGUGAGGAUGCUGAAUGAGGACCGGGAGGAUGGAGAUGGGGAGGACCAGGUGAGGAUGCUGAAUGAGGACCAGGUGAGGAUGCUGAAUGAGGACCAGGUGAGGAUGCUGAAUGAGGACCAGGUGAGGAUGCUGAAUGAGGACCAGGUGAGGAUGCUGAAGGAGGACCAGGUGAGGAUGCUGAAUGAGGACCAGGUGAGGAUGCUGAAGGAGGACCAGGUGAGGAUGCUGAAGGAGGACCAGGUGAGGAUGCUGAAUGAGGACCAGGUGAGGAUGCUGAAUGAGGACCAGGUGAGGAUGCUGAAGGAGGACCAGGUGAGGAUGCUGAAGGAGGACCAGGUGAGCAUGUGA